AUGAAACUAUAUGUAAUUGACGGUACAUAUCUGGUAAUUGCACCGAAAGUUGUCCGCCCUGGCUUACCAUAUGCAGUAUCAGUGAAUAUUCUAAAAAGUGCAGAAAGUGACCACAUCGUCCGUGUUGAAAUACGGACUGAGCAAAACGAUACUAUUGGAGCCAAAGUCGUUAAUAAUGUAAAAACAGGUGUGCCACAAACGGUGACAAUUGAAGAAUUAUCGUCAGAUAGUUUAUUGCCUGGCUUGAAAUAUAAAAUUUAUGUAAGAGCGGAAACGAUUGGUUCAAAAAUAAUUUUCGAAGAUGAAAAACAAGUUCAAUUCGAUAUAAAAUCUAUAUCGAUUUUCAUACAGACUGAUAAGGCUAUAUAUAAGCCUGGAUCACUUGUUCAAUAUCGUGUGAUAGUUGUCAAUCCUGAUUUGACGCCACAUAUAUCAAAUACAAUUUCCGUAAGAAUACGAGAUCCGAGUCAAAAUGUCAUUAAACAACAGAUUGACAAGGUUCUCACCAAGGGUGUUUUGUGCGGAGAAAUUGGACUUUCGACUGAUCCACCUCUUGGAGAAUGGCAAAUUUCAGUUGAAACCAAAAAUGGCAUUAAGUUCGAGAAGCCAUUCACCGUCGACAAAUAUAUUUUACCAAAAUUCGAUGUUAACAUCAAAACACCAAGCUUUAUCACUAUUACUGAUCCAUUAAGCGUUCAUAUAGAUGCUAAAUACACCUAUGGCAAAGGAGUUUCUGGAAAGGUGAAAAUAGUAUUGGAGCUACCUUGGCAUAGAUGGCAUUCUAUACCGCAGCCGAUCUUAAUCAAGGAUGAUGGAGCGACAGCACAGACAGAAACCGAGAGUGUCAUCGAACGAACCGUGAAACUCAACAACAUGGGUGAAGCGACAAUUGUAUUUACUAACGAGGAAUUAAAGAAACAUCGCUUGAUUACUAUUUAUGGCGGUAAUUCAAUUAACAUAUUAGCCACAGUUAUUGAAGAUUUGACGAAUAUUCAAAGGAAUGCAUCAGCUCAUGUGGUUGCGUACAAGCAUGAUGUUAAGCUCGAGGUUGAAAAACAAGGGGAAACUUUCAAACCAGGAUUAAUCUAUAAUGUAGUCGUUAUAUUGAAGCAAAUGGAUGAUACACCCAUUAAAGCAUCAGUCCCUAAACGUGUUCAGGUGAACUUAGGUUUUUUUUAUCAUUUCUGUUAG